AAUCAUCACAUAUCAAAAUAGUAUAUCAGUGUAAUUUUGUAGGUAAUUUACAAUUUUGAAGUUGAAGUAAAUCUUAAUUGUUACUUAGGUUUCUAUUAGUUUUUAUUAAAAUUGGCAUAUAUUAUAUUAUUGACUGUAUACUGGUUGGCACCAUCACAUUAUCUCGAAAUUGAUUGUACAAUUCAACCAACUGUUAUGAAUAAUGAUUCAGGUAUAAUUAGCUUUCAACAUUGUAGCCAUAAGAACAUAUACUGUAUAAACAUUCCAACUAAUUGUCCUAUUUGCAAAAUAUGUUUAAAAAAUUUGCAGAGCAUUCCAAUCAGAGUUCCUUAUCCUUUUGUAAGAGCAUCUCAGCAAUCAUGCUCUGUUAUUGUGAAACCAACUCGAGAUGAUUUUUUAAAUAAUUACCAACUAAUGGAUGAUUUACAUAUUGGAGUGACAACGUCAAGAGGUACUGUUAUAUCAUAUGAUUGGAAUGGAGUCAAUGAGGAUACAGACAAAUGGCAAGAAUGUUUAGUUGUGUUUCAACUAAAUGACCGUUCUUUGGAUACACGUUGGGAUACUAUAUUAAAAAAUAUAGUAAAAAAUGAGUGUUGGGACAGUGCUAGAUACAACGAAGAAAAUCACAAUUGUUUUUCAUUCAUUAUGGCUUUCAUAAAACAGUUCAACGCCUUCAGAUCACCGGUACAUCAUGUUGAAACGAGAGAAGACUUUGCGGAAUUGUAUGUAGCUCCUACCACUUUAAAGGCUUAUAAAUACAUUUAUUUAUACAGACAAAUAACUGAAAAUGGCUUCUAUAUUUACAGCCAACCUUCAAAUGAAAUAUUGUGUACACAAUAAAAUUAUUAAGUAAUAUAAUGACUACAUAUAUUAUUAACAAAAAUUCUAUUUUAUGCAUCAUAUUCAUAUAAAUAUCGUUUAUCUAUCGCUAGUUUUCAGAAUGGCUCAAAAACAAUUGGAUAGCGGAUAUAUUUUAUUCAAAUAUCACUAGAUGCCCGACGGCAUUAGUCUAAUAUCUUGAGAGUGCACAUCAGUAACGAUUUUUAGAGAGCUUAAUAUAGGCAAUUUUUACUAAAUUUUAGAGAUUAUGCCGCAAUAUCUGUCAAAAAAAGAGUAAAUUUGUUGUGCAUUUUAUUUCUUUUAUUUGCUAUAAAUAGAAGAAAUUAUUUUUUAUUUUGUUUGGUAUUCCUUUUAUAGUUAAAUGUUUUUAAGUUUGAAUAUUCUGUAUGAUUUACUAUUAAAUUAAUUUUUAUCUUGAUGCAAUUCCCAUUUUAUGCAAUUGUAUUUGUUUCUGAACGACUGGGAAAAAAUAACCUAAUUUUUUAACAAAAAAAGACAUGUCGGAGCUAAAUAAUUAUGGUACCUAUCUCAGUGGCGUUAUUUUAUAUUUUUCUCAAGGGGCCAAACAAAUAACAUUAUAGGUAAUAUAAAAUACAACUGCUAAGACAAAAUUCAAAAUUCAAAAAUCGGUAACUUUUAUAUAGAGGUUUUUUCGGAAUCAUGGAUAAAUUUAAGAAUGACUGUUUUUUAGAAUUACUAUAGUAUCAGCAUCUAUAUAUUUGAACUAAAGAACUAAAAAUAUUAAUAAUUAAUUAUUAUCAUGACAAUAGUUUUCUAAUGAUUAUACAAUUUGCUCUGUGCAAUAAUCAGACAACUCCUUUUUUUUUCAAAAUUGACUUUUUUAUGAAAACGAUUUCAUCGAAGAAAUAUCGUUAUAUUGAUACAACAGUCAUACAAAUCUAAUCGUUAUCUUCAGGGUUAUCAUAAAUAUUGUUAAUUAUUUUCUAUGGUCACCCUGAAUAAUUCUGAAAAAUGGAGCUGCCUGGUUAUUGUAUAUAUAUUUCUUCAAAAUUAGAAAAAUUAUAGUUAUGCUGUUUGACCAACAAUCGGACCAAUUUCUCUAUUAGGCAAGGGCAAAUGCUCACCUUGCCCCCCUUUAAUGAUGCCACUGCAUCUAUGUAAUGUUUAAUAUUAUAGUUAUGUUUGUGUGGUAGUAGAUAGGUGCUAUAAUAUAUUAGGUAGGUAAUAAAACAAUAGAUUAAUUAAAAACUUAAAGUUGAUUAUUUUUUCUCACGAUUAUACACUAGUAAUUAAUUAAUAGGGAACUUUGUCAAAAGUGUAAUCAUAACAUUAUCAUCAAAAUUAUGACAUUUUAAUCUAGUAAUAUGUAUACAUGAUUUAUAGAUACACGUAUGUAAAUAUAGGUAGUUUAUGUAUGUAUAAAUUGUAUAACAGAAUUUUUUUUCAAACAUUUCUUUUACAGUGAGUUGUGUUAAAAAAAAAAUUAAAAAAAAAUUUAAAAAAAUAUAUAGGUAGGUAAUAUUAAUAAUAAUGAGAAGUGCGUGGGGCGAUGUUGCAGGGAUGAU